AACACCCACUAUUCUAGUAACCAAACACCUCGAAAUCCAUAACCAAACACCAACCUAAACUCAUAACUGAAAAGUGAAACCAAACUCCAGAUUCCCAACUCUUUUCACCGCCGGCGCCGACCGAUACCCAAACCCUUUUCACCGCCUUCCCGCCCCUGAAUCUCUCUCUCUCUCUCAUCAAAGUCUGCAAUUCUUUUGAACUUCAAAGUUCCAAACCUCUUGUCUUCCACAAGCUCCAAUUUCGCGGAUUUCCAUAACCCAAUUUCACCGAGCUCAGAUCUGGACACCGGCGAGGGAUUGAAAUUGAAGUCACCAGAGAAGAAAGGGAAUGGGAGUGGUCCGGAGUGAGAUUAGUUCGCCGGAGAAGAAACGGAGUGAGGGGUUGCUGGAGGAAGAAGGGUUGAGGAGAAAGACAGAGUGUUUGGUUAGGAGAAUAAGAAGUGUUUGAUUGAGUUUCAAACAGGUGGAAUAAUUUUAUUGGACCGCAUAAUUAUUGAAGACUAGUAUUAUCCGCGUUAAUUAUUGAAGACAAGAAGUGUAUGGCUGAAAUUAGCGAUAGAAUGAAACAGCUGCACCGUCUCUGCAGUUGACAAAGACGGGCAUGGACGUCGACCUGGACUCUGGUCCUUUUUCAUCGCUCAUUUGCUAUACAUCUAUAUAUACAUCAGAAGUGUAGUCACUCUAAGUGCACAGAGUGGGAAUUUACUUCAGCUCAUUGGAUAAUAGCUGCAGCUUACUUAUUUUUGUUUUGUUUCAUUAUUUUCUUAAUUAAUCGACCUAAUAUCACUUUGAAUAAUUGAUUACAUUUUCAGAUUAAACAUGGCAGCUACAGUUAUCUCUAGUGUAAUUGCUAAUCUUAAAGUUCUUAGUCAUGAUAAUUAUGAAGAUUGGAGUUUCCACUUUAAAACCUAUUUGUUGGCUGAAGAUCUUUGGGAGGUUGUGGAAGAGACCUCUGAACCUCCUAGACAAGAAGAUGGUGAAGCGGAAUUUUUGGUUUGGAGGAAGAAUAACGCCAAGGUUUUACAUGCAAUCCAUACUUGUUGCGGAGAUGAUACUCAUUUUAUUAUCCGGGGCAUUAGCUCGGCCAAAGUCGCCUGGGAUACUUUGGCUGAAAAGUUGAAGCCGACCGAUCAAGCCUUGGAAAACACAGAGGAUGUGCCUUUGAUGGCACAUGAAGAGCUGAAUACCGGUCUGACGCGGAAUGAGGAGUAUUAUAAAACUAACGGUGACUUCAACGAGUUCCCCCACCAUCAACCCUUGAUUGAUGCUGUUGCAAAAGGUGACUGGAGUUCUGCAAAGAAGUAUCUUACCAUGCAUCCCGACGCAAUCAGAGAAAGAGGUUCAUUAUCAGGCUUGACAGCUCUUCACAUGGCAGUUUCAAUGGAAAACGAAUAUAUGGCGAAAGAAGUAGUGGAGUGGAUGACAGAGGAAGACUUGGAAAUAGAAGACGCUAAUGGUGUCACAGCUAUAGCUUUAGCUACGCUCAUAGGACCCGAAGUGGCUAGAUGCAUAAUCGAAAAGAACAAGAGAUUACUUUGCAUACCAUGCAAUAUUCUCCAGAAUAUGAUCCCACUGAUCAUGGCUUGCCAUGGCGGCCACUGGGGAUUGGCUCGCUAUCUCUAUUCAGUUACUCCAUUGGAAGCUUUGAUGUCGACCCAAGAUAACUGUCGGACUGGUGCUGAUCUUAUUUCCCACUGUUUUAGCUCCAAAGAACUGGAUAUUGCAUUGGAUCUAAUUCAGCGUUGUCCAAACUUGACAUUUGCCACAAACUCUACUGGGAAAACACUUUUACAGGAAUUGGCUUGUAUGCCCUCUCUCUUUUUAAGUGGAACACGUCUCAGAUUCUGGCAACAAUGGAUCUAUAACAGUAUAGACAUACGACAUGCUUCUGGAAUCCAUGAUGUUCGUAUAGAUGUUCAAAAACAAGCCAAUGACCCGGUUAAUGAUCAAGGGGAUCUCAUAAUUCGCUCAGUUAUGGCUUUACUGCGAGGGCUCGUCUCAAAUCUCUGUAAACUUUUCGGAAUCGAUCACAUGUACAAAAUGAAACAAAUCCAUGUCCAAUCCCUUGAAGUUUUACAAGGCAUGUGCAAAAUGACAGAAGGUUUAAGCCUUAAACAAAUGCAAGGAAGUUCCGUACAAACAGCACUCUUCAAGGCUGUUGAACAUGGGAAUGAUGAGUUUCUUCGUCAGCUGUUUACUGCAAAUAUCCUAGCUUUAGGGAUAUAUGACGAAAAUGAAAAGGGCAUGUUUCAGUUUUCCAUUGAAUGCCGUCAAGAAAAAGUCUAUAACUUUUUCCAUGACUUUAUCCGAGUCAUGAAUGUUCGUACUGAAUCCAGAGUAGAUAAGUUCAACAAUACGUUACUACAUUCAGCAGCGAGGUUAUCCCCACCUGCACAGCUUAAACAUAUCCAAUGUGCAGCAUUGCAAAUGCAGAGAGAAUUACAAUGGUUUAAGGAGGUGGAGAAAAUUGUACCUUCCAAGUUUCUUGAAGUUGUUAACUAUACAGAUGGCAUGACCGCCCGUGACCUAUUUACAAAGAACCACAAGGAAUUGGCAAACGAAUGUGAAAGAUCAAUGAAAGCAACUGCAACUUCUUGUACGGUUGUAGCUGCUCUUAUUGUUACAAUUAUGUUUAUUGCAGUGUUCUCAGUUCCUGGUGGAAUCAAGGCAGGCUUUCCCGUGUUUUUAAAUAAAAGGAUAUUUAUGGUUUUCAUAGCCGCGGAUGUCUUUUCACUUUUUUCUUCUACAACUUCAGUUGUGACAUUCUUAGGAAUCCUCAACUCGCGUUAUGCUGAAGAUGAUUUCCUGAAAUCACUGCCAACAAAGAUGAUGAUAGGCCUUUUCACCCUUUUCUCCUCUAUCGUUACCAUGAUGAUCGCGUUUUCUUCAACCCUUUUUCUUAUGCUGGAAGCAAAAGAGUGGAUAGUGGCUCCGAUCAUUUUACUUGCUAGUGUUCCGGUUGUCUCCUUCGUAUGGAUGCAAUUUUCCCUUCUUGUUGAGAUCUUCAUUUCUACUUACGGAGCUGGAAUAUUUUUGAUCAACAAAAAAGGAAAACCUUGGUCCUUCAAUUCAUCUUAAACAGUUUACUCAUUUUGCAUUGAUAUUUGUUUCUGUCACUUUUGAGGAAGUUUUUAGAAUUUGCUCAAGGAAUAAUGAUAAGGGAUUUCUGCAGACUCUUUCUGUUUUUGGGCCUAAAGAAUGUAUAAUGCAUGUGUUCCCGAUUCGGUAAUAAACUCCAACUUCAAGAAUGUUUAGACCUUUAA